AUUUGGAAAACAUUGUAAUUAUCUUAUAAUAAUUAAUUAAAGAUGAAGACUGCACUUAUAUUUUUAACAUUUUUGCUUGGUUGCCUCAUCUGGGAAGCCCACAGUUUCACGGAUGAACAAAAACAACAAAUAGAGAAAAUUUGUUCUACAGUAGUAGCAGGUCAAAAAGGUAUAUUGGUAGGACCUCCAGGAUUACCAGGACGGAAAGGAGAAACUGGUGAGCCAGGCUCUCCAGGCUUACCCGGUAUAGCAGGAAGGAGAGGAGACUAUGGAGAAGCAGGAAUGAUUGGGCUGAAAGGUGAGCCAGGAGAGUGAAAUGACAUUUUCAAUGAUAAUAUAAAAAUUAUAGAACAAAAUACAUUUUAUUGAGAAAUAUAGA